AUGGCUGUGCUUGGAGCGAAAUUGCGGGGUUUGAGAUCCUUGUCAAUGGUGGUGUUGAACUUUGCGUUAGCUUUUGUAUUUGUUUCAGCAGAGAGAGGCCUGAAGCUUGAAGCUUCAAGGUUCAAUGGAACAGAGGGAUCUGAAUCCGAUUACCUUCUCAGAGUUGUAACUUUCUUUUGGCAAUCCGAGAGAUCGGGUUAUCAACAUGUUUGGCCGGAAAUGAAAUUUGGGUGGCAAAUUAUUGUGGGUUCCAUUGUCGGAUUCUGUGGAGCAGCAUUUGGGAGUGUAGGUGGUGUUGGUGGUGGUGGCAUUUUUGUUCCUAUGCUUAGCCUAAUUAUGGGGUUUGAUCCGAAGUCAGCAACAGCUAUAUCGAAAUGUAUGAUCAUGGGUGCAGCUGCCUCAACUGUUUACUACAAUCUUAAGCUAAGGCAUCCCACACUAGAUAUGCCCAUUAUUGACUAUGAUUUGGCGCUACUCAUCCAACCAAUGCUCAUGCUGGGCAUUAGUAUAGGAGUGGCUUUCAACGUGAUCUUUGCUGAUUGGAUGGUCACAGUUUUGCUUAUUGUUCUUUUUAUAGGCACGUCAACAAAGGCAUUCUUGAAGGGUGUUGAAACAUGGAAAAAGGAAACCAUUUUGAAGCGGGAGGCCACUAGGCAUUUGGAAUCGACUGGUGCUGGUGGGAAUGUGGAAUACAAGCCUCUUCCAAGUGGCCCAGCCAAUGACCAGCAAAAGGAAACCAAGGAGUUAGAGGUCUCUGUUAUUGAGAAUGUUUGCUGGAAGGAUCUUGGACUUCUGGUUUUUGUCUGGGUUGCAUUUCUUGCACUGCAAAUUGCCAUGAAUCACACAACUACUUGUUCUCCAGUAUAUUGGGUAGUGAAUUUGUUACAGAUCCCCGUUUCUUUCGGUGUAUCUUUGUACGAGGCAGUUAGCCUGUACAAGGGACGAAGAGUAAUAGCAUCUAAGGGAGAGCAAGGGACAGUUUGGCGGGUGCACCAGCUGGUUGUCUACUGUAUCUUUGGUGUACUUGCAGGAAUAGUAGGUGGCUUGCUUGGACUAGGCGGAGGGUUUGUUAUGGGUCCACUAUUUUUGGAGCUUGGAAUCCCCCCUCAGGUCUCCAGUGCCACAGCCACCUUUGCAAUGAUGUUCUCCUCAUCAAUGUCUGUUGUAGAAUACUACCUUCUAAAACGUUUUCCAGUUCCCUAUGCUCUAUACUUUGUCGCCGUGGCCACAAUUGCAGCCUUUGUAGGACAGCAUAUAGUGAGAAGGCUGAUUAUAUUAUUUGGAAGGGCAUCACUGAUCAUCUUCAUUCUAGCUUUCACAAUAUUUGUCAGUGCAAUCUCACUAGGUGGAGUUGGCAUAUCAAACAUGAUUGUGAAGAUUCACCAGAAUGAAUACAUGGGUUUUGAAAACCUUUGCAAGUAUGAUGCAUAG